AUGUCCAUUCGAUUGAGUGUCCAAUCGAAAAACUGGUCAACAGACUCUUCCUACUUUUUGGGAAAGUAUGAGAGAAACGAACUUCAUAAAAGAUAUGAUCUUAUUCGCCACAAAAUCUACCACAUGUUCUUGUUUGACAUGACAGCUCCAGAAAUUCACGAGAGAUUGCAGUAUCUCCGUGCGUACUUGAUUCGAAUCUGGCGUGUCAAACAUAUGUGCACCAACUUGAAGGCAACAGAGAAAAAUCGUCAAUAUGUCCGCGACGCCUACAACGCCGUUAUGGAGGAGGAUAGAGGCGAAGCCCAAGACAUGACUACUCCACGGAAUACUACAACUCCAAAAACUUUCUAUACCCGCGUCCGUCGCUUCCUGCGCUCGGUGACCUCCGUUUUCAAAAAGAAGAUCCCUGUAAGAAAGUGA